AUGGCUCWCCUUAGAAGCAACAGUACCAACCGUCAAGAACAAGUUCUGUGCCCCCGUGACCUCACUAGCCCCCGGCCCUUCACCACCAACGAGCCAGAGUUGGUGCGCCCAUUCGCCAACUUCCCUCCGUCUAUCUGGGCUGAUCGUUUUAUUUCCUUCUCACUUGAUAACACGACAUUGGAAGCGUAUGCAAAAGYGCUUGAAGAGCCGAAAAAAGCCGUGAGGAGUUUGAUAACCGACAYCACCAUUGAUGCAACAACAAAACUAAGCUUGAUUUACUCAGUGCACCGUAUUGGUUUAUCAUAUAUGUAUCUGGAAGAGAUCGAUGCUCAACUCGACAAACUCUUCAAGGAGCUCGAUUUAAAGGAUUACGAAGAAGUUGAUUUGUACACUAUUUCAGUACAAUUUCAAGUUUUCAGACACCAUGGUUAUAGACUUUCUUCUAAUGUGUUUAGCAAAUUCAAAGACAAUAGUACCGGUACAUUCAAGGAGUAUGUUAUGAGCGAUGUGAAGGGUAUGUUGGGAUUAUAUGAAUCGRCAUACUUGAGGCUACAAGGAGAAGAUAUCUUAGAUGAAGCUUUGGAAUUCACUSAGACUCGAUUAAAGRAAAUARCGUGCACGUUGAAGGGAAAUCUAGCACGACAAGUGAAUCAAGUCCUUAAGAGACCCUUCCAYAAUGGGAUGCCAAUGGUAGAAGCGAGGCUUUAUUUUAGCACAUACAAAGAAGAAUCUUYGAGUGAYGAAUCGAUAAUARAACUUGCUAAAGUCAAUUUCAACUAUUUGCAACUACUGCARAAGGAAGAACUACGUAUCGUCUCUCAGUGGUGGAAAGAUAUGAAAUUUCAAAGCUUGUUCCCUUACAUAAGAGAUCGAGUACCGGAGAUAUACCUAUGGAUUUUGGGGUUAUAUCUGGAGCCUUGUUACUCUCAGGCACGAAUCAUAGUGACCAAAAUCACCUUGUUCCUCGUGGUUUUAGAUGACACGUAUGAUGCAUACGCUACGAUUGACGAGAUCCGGAUUAUCACAGAUGCAAUAAAUACGUGGGAAAUUGGGGCGAUCGAUCAACUUCCUAAGUAUAUCAAACCGUUCUACAGAAUUCUUUUGAACGAGUACGAUAAACUUGAGAAAGAAUACACAAACGAAGGAAGAGCAUACAAUGUCCAUGCUUCAAAACAAGCAUUUCAAGAAAUAGCGAGGGGGUACCUUGAAGAAGCUGAGUGGUUACACAAAGGUUACGUGCCUACAUUUCCUGAGUAUAUGAAGAACGGGUUAAUUACUUCGGCCUACAACGUGAUUUCAAAAUCAGCAUUGGUGGGUAUGGGUGCAAUUGCGAAUGAAAACGCUCUUGCUUGGUAUGAAACACAUCCGAAAAUUCUAAAAGCUUCCGGGUUAAUUUCAAGACUACAAGACGAUGUGAUGACCUUCCAGUUCGAGAGGAAACGAGGACAAUCAGUUACARGCGUCGAUGCUUAUAUAAAGGAAUACGAUGUAUCUGAAGAAGUGGCCAUKAAAGAGAUCAAGAAGAUUAUCGAAAAUGCAUGGAAAGAUAUAAACRAGGGGUGCCUGAAACCURUGGCGGUCUCAAGGGCUCUACWUACUCCUAUUCUCAAUCUUGCACGAAYGAUAGAUGUGGUAUACAAGUUCGGCGAUUGUUUCACCUUUCCGGGCAAAACCCUCAAAGACUAUAUUACUCUAUUGUUCAUUACUCCUCUCACAAACUAG